CCGCGGGAGAGCUGCUGUCCCGGGCCUGGCCCGUGUGCGUCUGCCUGCUGGACCAGGGCACAGCGGCCAGACGGGGCACGGGACUGGGCGGGGGUGCUGACCUCGGCCUAGGAGUCUUAGGAUCUCCGCGACAUCCGUGUCCGCUGGGGCCUGCGAGUCGCUCGCGUUCCCGGAGCUUCUGCUUGCCACUCCGCGGUGGGGCGAGGUCAAGGUGUCCCCCUUAUCUCCUCCCUUCUCUUCUGUCCCUCCCCCACCUCCGUGGCGGCGGGAGAUCUUGUUCGCUCCCUCCCGCAGGGCAUAGCAGGCUGCGGAGCUGCGGCCCCGUAGUCACUCUGUCCAAACUCUCCGGAAGCAGCCAGAGUUCAGGCCGCCGCAGACCCGGCGGACCGACUGUUGGACCGGAGGCGCCGGCCCUUCUGCGCCCAAACUUGGAACACUUGACCUUUGGCUGUCGGACGAAGCAGGCCCGCAGGUGGCUGGACAGCUGCGGCGCCGCGAGGGCAUCCUGCCUGAGAACCGACGGUUGCACUCCUGGGCUCCCGGCUUUGCUUCUGGGAUCCCAAGGUGUUCACAUCAGGUGCAUGUUGACUGAGACCUAAAGUCAUGGAUGUGUGCGCCCGUCUUGCCCUGUGGCUUCUCUGGGGGCUUCUCCUGCAUCAGGGCCAGAGCCUCAGCCACAGUCAUAGCGAGAAGGCGACAGGAGCCGGUUCGGGGUCGACUUCCGAAGAGUCCACUGCAGCGGAGUUUUGCCGGAUUGACAAACCCCUGUGCCACAGUGAGGAUGAGAAGCUCAGCUUUGAGGCAGUCCGCAACAUCCACAAGCUGAUGGAUGAUGAUGCCAAUGGUGAUGUGGAUGUGGAAGAAAGUGAUGAGUUCCUGAGGGAAGAUCUCAAUUACCAUGACCCAACAGUGAAACACAGUACCUUCCAUGGUGAGGAUAAGCUCAUCAGUGUGGAGGACCUGUGGAAGGCAUGGAAGUCCUCAGAAGGUAAAGGGCAGCCUAGUAGUUGGGAGGUUUAGAGAAGAGAGAAGAUGGAUAGCAAUUUGGCCAUAAAAGGACAUGAACAUAAAAGAAUUAGUAAAAAGUAGAUUAUUGAAUUUAUUUUAUGUACACUUACUGAAUAAGACUGAAUAUAGUCACUGUGCUGAAAAGGGGGGAAGGUUCUUCAACCAGAGUUGCUGUUGUUCUUUAUCAGAAUGUUCUUUGAAUUCCAGCUUAUCGCUACUUCUCUCCUCACACCACCCCCCAUAGGAAUCUCCCAGCUUCUGUAGCAUCAUCUCCAUAGGAACUUGGUGUGCUCUUGAGGGCCCCUUUCUUCUGUAGUCCCCACUUAGUCCCAGCUCUGCUGAGUCCCAGAUUAUUCAAAGAUUGGGUGGAAGAUGGGCUUACUUCAGUCUUCUUUUUUCCAGGUUAAGUAGCUCUAGUUCUUUGAAGAAAACGUUUCCUCAACC